AUUCCCUGCAACAUUCCUCCCACAAUGGUCCCAGCCCCUUCCCCCUCCACAGUCAUUCCCUCCCCCUUCCCUCCUCUCCCCUUCCCUGCUCUCCCUGGACGCAGAGUGGAUGAAGACGCUGUCAGGAGAGUCAGGGAUCCAAAAACAGGCCUUGAGAAAUGUGGCUCUUAUACCUCCUGGUGCCAGUCCUGUUCUACGGGGUGGGAGGUUCCUUCACCCUCCCUCAGAAGCUCUAUGGGGAGGUGACUUCCCCUCUGUUCCCCAAGCCUUACCCCAACAACUUUGAGACAACCACUGUGAUCACAGUCCCCACGGGAUACAGGGUGAAGCUCGUCUUCUGGCAGUUUGACCUGGAGCCUUCGGAGGGCUGUUUCUAUGACUAUGUCAAGAUCUCUGCUGAUAAGAAAACCCUGGGGAGGUUCUGUGGGCAGAUGGACUCUCCACUGGGCAACCCCCCAGGAAGGAAGGAAUUUAUGUCCCAAGGGAACAAGAUGCUGGUGACCUUCCACACGGAUUUCUCCAACGAGGAGAACGGCGCCAUCAUGUUCUACAAGGGCUUCCUGGCCUACUACCAAGCUGUGGACCUGGACGAAUGUGCCUCGCAGCGCAACUCAGUCGAGGAGAAUCCCCAGCCCCGGUGCCAGCACCUGUGUCACAACUACGUUGGUGGCUAUUUCUGUUCCUGCCAUCCAGGCUACGAGCUUCAGAAGGACAGGCAUUCCUGCCAGGCCGAGUGCAGCAGCGAGCUGUUCACAGAGCCAUCAGGCUACAUCUCCAGCCUGGAGUACCCUCGGCCCUACCCCCCCGACCUGCGCUGCAACUACAGCAUCCGUGUAGAGCGGGGCCUCACCCUCCAACUCAAGUUCCUGGAGCCUUUCGAAAUUGAUGACCACCAGCAAGUACACUGUCCCUACGACCAGCUACAGAUCUAUGCCAAUGGGAGGAACAUCGGUGAGUUCUGUGGGAAGCAAAGGCCAGACCCCAUUGACACCAGCAGCAACUCAGUGGACAUACUGUUCUUCACGGACGAGUCAGGGGACAGCCAGGGCUGGAAGCUGCACUACACCAGUGAAAUCAUCAAGUGCCCCCAGCCCAAGACCCUAGACGCGUUCACCAUCAUCCAGGACCUGCAGCCUCAGUACGAGUUCCGGGACUACUACAUCGCCACCUGCAAACAAGGCUACCAGCUCAUGGAGGGGAAGGAGGCACUCCUGUCCUUCACGGCUGUCUGCCAAGAUGAUGGUACAUGGCACCGUGCCAUGCCCAGGUGCAAGAUCAAGGACUGUGGGCAGCCCCGAAGCCUGCUUAAUGGAGCCUUCAAUUAUACCACCACAAAAGGGGUGAACACCUACCAGGCCCGUAUCCAGUACUACUGCCACGAACCGUAUUACAAGAUGCACACCAGAAAUGGCAGAAGCGAGUCUGAGCGAGGGCUAUACACCUGCACAGCUCAGGGCAUUUGGAAGAAUGAGCUGGCAGGAGACAAGAUGCCUCGGUGUUUGCCAGUGUGCGGGAAACCCGUCAAGCCCGUGGAGCAGAAGCAGCGCAUCAUUGGAGGUCAGAAGGCCGAGCUGGGCAACUUCCCCUGGCAGGCCUUCACCAACAUCCACGGGCGCGGCGGCGGCGCGCUGCUGGGCGACCGCUGGAUCCUCACGGCCGCGCACACCCUCUACCCCAAGGAGCACGAAAAGCAGGAAAACGCCUCCGUGGACGUGUUCCUGGGCCACGUCAACGUGGAAGAGAUCACCAAGCUGGCCAACCACCCGGUCCGCAGGGUCAGCAUCCACCCAGACUACCAACAAAAAGAGUCCCACAAUUUCGAGGGGGACAUCGCCCUCCUAGAGCUGGAAAAUAGUGUCACUUUGGGCCCCAACCUCCUCCCCAUCUGCCUCCCCGACAAUGAGACCUUCUAUGACCUGGGUCUCAUGGGCUAUGUCAGUGGCUUUGGGAUCAUGGAGGAGAAAAUUUCUCAAGACCUCAGGUUUGUCCGUCUGCCCGUAGCUAAGCGACAGAUCUGUGAGAGCUGGCUCCGGAAGAAAAACAGGAACGAUGUGUUUUCUGAAAACAUGUUCUGUGCUGGGGACCCGACUCUAAAGCAGGAUGCCUGUCAGGGGGAUAGCGGAGGGGUCUUUGCAGUGAGGGAUAGGGAAAAUGAUCGCUGGGUGGCCACGGGCAUCGUAUCUUGGGGCAUCGGGUGCAGCAGGGGGUACGGGUUCUAUACCAAACUACUCAACUACGUGGAUUGGAUCAAGAAAGAGAUGGGAGUGGAGGACUGAGCCUAGAAUCCACUAGGUCAGAAUCCAGAGAGCAGUGUGUUUAAAAAAAAAAUUUUCUCUGACCAGUUGUUGAUAACCUCUAAGAAUUCAUAUUAAAAUCACUGAUGCAGAAAAA